AUGCUCGCUCCCGCUACCAUUCGAACGGCUGUCAGAGCCUCGCAGGCUCCUCGUUUCGGCGCCAUCUCGCUGCCUGCUGUGCGACAGUUCAAGAGCACAUGGGCACACGUCAAGGCCGGACCUCCCGACCCGAUUCUCGGUGUCACCGAGGCUUUCAAGCGCGACCAGGACUCUCGCAAGAUCAACCUCGGUGUCGGUGCUUACCGUGACGAGAACGGAAAGCCCUACGUGCUUCCCUCGGUGCGUCAGGCCGAGGAGCUCGUUCUCAAUGCCAAGGGCGACAAGGAGUACCUCCCCAUCACCGGUCUCGCCAACUUCACCAAGAACGCGGCCAUCCUCGCAUACGGCAAGGACAGCGCACCCGUGAAGGAGGACCGCAUCGCCAUCACCCAGUCCAUCUCGGGAACCGGUGCGCUCCGCAUCGGUGGUGCUUUCUUGCAGCGCCACUACCCCGAGGCCAAGACUAUCUACCUGCCCACCCCUUCGUGGGGUAACCACACGCCCAUCUUCCGCGACAGCGGUCUCGAGGUCAAGCAGUACCGCUACUACGACAAGAAGACUGUCGGCCUCGACUUCAAGGGCAUGAUCGAGGACAUCAAGGCGGCACCUGCUGGCUCGAUCGUCCUUCUGCACGCCUGUGCCCACAACCCCACCGGUGUCGACCCUACCGUGGAGCAGUGGAAGGAGAUCAGCAACGUGGUCAAGGAGAAGGGCCACUUCCCCUUCUUCGACAUGGCCUACCAAGGUUUCGCCAGUGGUGACACCGACAAGGACGCGUUCGCCGUUCGUCACUUUGUCUCCGAGGGCCACCAGAUCUGCCUCUCGCAGUCUUUCGCCAAGAACAUGGGUCUGUACGGUGAGCGCGUGGGCGCAUUCUCGAUCGUCUGCGCCGACGCCGACGAGCGUGCCCGCGUCGACAGCCAGAUCAAGAUCAUCGUGCGACCUCUGUAUUCGAACCCUCCCAUGCACGGAGCCAAGAUCGCCGGUACCAUCCUUGCCGACCAGCAGCUGUACCAGCAGUGGCUGGGCGAGGUCAAGGGCAUGGCUGACCGCAUCAACGGGAUGCGCUCGACGCUUAAGGACCUGCUUGUGCAGGACCUCAAUUCGAAGCUCAACUGGGACCACAUCACCAACCAGAUCGGCAUGUUUGCCUUCCUCGGCAUCUCGCCCGAGCAGGUGGCCAAGCUGGUCAACGAGCACCACGUCUACCUCACCGGAGACGGCCGUAUCUCGGUCGCUGGUAUCACCAACCACAACGUCCAGCACCUCGCCGAGUCGCUGCACAAGGUGACCAGCUAA